AUGGCUGCAUAUGCCAUGGCAGCCCAUGGACCACUGCCGGUCGCGUUCGCCGCCCCUCCACCGGUCGUGUAUGCCGCUCCACCAGUCGCGUACGGGCCUCCAGCAUUAGUCCACCCCCCUCUACUGGAAGCACACGUCCCUCCAGUGGCUCCAGCAGCGCAAGCCCCGCCAGUGGCUCCAGCAGCGCAAGCCCCGCCAGUGGCUCCAGCGGCAGCGCAAGCCCCUCCAGUGGCUCCAGCAGCGCAAGCCCCUCCAGUGGCUCCAGCGGCAGCGCAAGCCUCACCAGUGGCUCCAGCAGCGCAAGCCCCUCCAGUGGCUCCACGGGCAGCGCAAGCCCCACCAGUGGCUCCAGCAGCGCAAGCCCCUCCAGUGGCUCCACGGGCAGCGCAAGCCCCACCAGUGGCUCCAGCAGCGCAAGCCCCUCCAGUGGCUCCACGGGCAGCGCAAGCCCCACCAGUGGCUCCAGCAGCGCAAGCCCCUCCAGUGGCUCCACGGGCAGCGCAAGCCCCACCAGUGGCUCCAGCAGCGCAAGCCCCUCCAGUGGCUCCACGGGCAACGCAAGCCCCACCAGUGGCUCCAGUAGCGCAAGCCCCUCCAGUGGCUCCACGGGCAACGCAAGCCCCUCAUGUCAGCCUAGCUGCACACUUUUCAGGAUCGGAUGUCACUGAAGCUCAGACAGAUCCUAAUUAUCUAGUGGUUCAGACAGCUCCUAGGAGAACAUAA